AUGGCAGAUUUUAAUCCAUAAGAGAGAGUUAAGAAGAUGGUCAAUGCCAUAAAAGCUGAGGCUAAUGAGAAGGCUGAAUAAAUCAAAGACAUGGCUGCUCAAUAGUUCAGAAUCGAAAAGAACAAGCUACUCAAUUAAUAGAAGGAAAGAAUUACCGAAGAAUACAAAAAGAAGAUUGAGUCAUACACAAUUGAAAAGAGAAUUCAACGAUCAUCUAAAAUUAAUCAAUCAAGAUUGUCCAAAAUGCAAGCACGUUUUGAGUUAAUUUAAAGACUGAAGGAGGAAGUUCGUUAGAAGAUGACAAAAUUGAUCCAAGAUUAGAGUGUCUACAAAGAAUUGUUGAAGAACUUGAUUAUCUAAGGAAUGAUUAAAUUGCUUGAGCCCAGAAUCGAAUUGACAUGUUUGGAAUAGGAUGUGCAACUCAUCAGAACCAUUUUGGUAGAAUGCUAAGAAGAAUUCACUGUAAUCAUAAAGAGAGAGACAACUAAAGACUUCAAGACCACAUUGAGCAUUAAUUAGAGUCAAUAUCUAACAGAGAAGGGUGGUAAACCAAUUUUAGGAGGAGUUGUUUUGAGUUGUGCUAACAGUAGAAUUGUUUGUUCUAACACUUUGGAUGAUAGAUUGGAACUUUCAUUACAAGAAUUCUUGCCAGACAUCAGAAAUGGAUUGUUUAGGAAAUGAAAUAAAUGAGUAUUAACAAAAAAAGCAUAUAUAU